AUGUCUGCUACCAUUGAAGAGAUCGCUGACGACGUUCAGGACCUCAAUGUCCAGGAGUUCGAGUCUGACGACGCUGGCGCCGAUGUUCACGCUUCCGACAAGGUUGCUUCUCGUUCUGAGCGCAAGUCGCGCAAGGCUCUCCAGGGUAUCGGCCUCAAGAAGGUCGGUGGUAUCACCCGUGUUACCAUGCGCCGCCCCCGAGGUCACCUCUACGUGAUUGCCCAGCCCGAGGUUUACAAGUCUUUGCACUCUGACGUCUACAUCGUUUUCGGAGAGGCCAAGGCUGAGGACAUGUCGCAGCUCGCCCAGGCUCAGGCUGCUCAGCAGAUGGCUCAGGCCGAGGCUCAGGAGCGUUUGCUCGCCGAGUCGCUCCAGUCUUCCGGUGCCGAGAAGAAGGUUGAGGAGGAGGAAGAGGAGGAGCAGGAUGACUCUCCCGUCGACGAGGAGGGUGUUGACGCCAAGGACAUUGACCUGGUUAUGCAGCAGGUCAGCUGCUCGCGAAGGAAGGCUGUCAAGGCUCUCAAGGAGUCCAACGGUGACCUUAUCAACGCUAUCAUGAACGCCAGCUAA